AUGCCAGACGGGAAUCAAGGUGACCAAGCUGUCUUGAACAAGUCUCAAGUUCAGGAGGCACACAUCGGUGGCAGGCAUAACAUCGCCGCCGCUCCCACUACCGCUGCUGCAAGCUCGAGUAGACGCACCUCGUCCUCUGUCUCGUCUCGCUCGCAGCGGCGCUCUCCCAGUCCAGCUCGAUCAGGUUCCAAGACUCCAUUGACGCCGGAAGAAAGCCCUCCUUUCAGGAGAAAGCGCAACGCAGACAUUGUGGAGGAAGAAGACAAAGAGCUUGAGGGUGCUGAAGCCAUCCCGAGUAGCAGUGACAGUGGUAUUCACCUCUGCAUCUGCCAGCCUGACCCGAAGAUACCAAGACCGCGAAACGGUGAGUGCUGAACGCUUCCUUAAAGUUGUGCGCUGACUGACGGACGACUGCAGCAUUCAUUCUAUACCGUCAGCAUCAUCAAGCGAACGUUGUCGCACAGAAUCCAGGCCUCGCGAACCCAGAAAUCUCAAAGAUCAUUGGCGAGCAGUGGCAGAAUCAACCACCAGAAGUUAAGAACAAGUGGAAGGCACUGGCUGAGGAGGAAAAGAUCCGCCACCAGCAGCAGUAUCCUACUUACCGAUACCAACCGAAACGAAGCGGUCGCCGUGGCAGCUUGUCGUCUGAGACUGCUGGAGAGAAGCCAAGGUGCACCAAGUGUGGCGGAAGAAGUACCUUGACGCCGUUAACUCCCUAUCACGCCGUGUCAUCGAACAAUCCCAGCCCAGCGUCUGGUCCUCAGACGCCAGGUUCGGUUAUUACACCUGUCUCACGGACGCUUCCAGUGCUAAGAGACCUCAGCUUGCAAUCACCAGUAGCACGUCGCAUGGGGAAACAAUUCCCUAACAGCAACAUGUCGCCUGCGCAGCAUGGGCAUCCAGAUGACAGAGAUGAGCUAGGCCCGUUGAGCCCAGAAACUAAGCGUCGCCGGUACAACAGCGACCAUACACCUCCACUCCAGCGAGUGAUGCCGCCCCGGUAUGGGGCCGCUCCUCUCGGGCAUGCCGUUGGGCCAGGUACGCCAUUUCCAUUCCCGCAGCCUCCGCCACACCCAUAUCCGCCAGGCGCAGCUGCUCCACGUCGAGAGAGUCUGCCUGGUUUGCGCGGUGUGGUGAGUCCUCCGGGCGCGAUGGGCCCACCACCUCGACCUAGGCCAGGGUACCAGCAACAUCGCCUGUCGCAAGGACAUGUCCCGCACGACCGUUCUCUAACCCUCCCACCACUCCAGACCAGCAGUGCUGGGGGCGUUAGUGGUGCUGUGGCCACUGCAGGGGCUGGAAAGACAGCGAAAGAGCAGAUCAUGGCGUUGGACUUUCGAUACAAGAUUGGCAUUCUUCGCAAGGUGGCGCCGCCAACGCCCGUGGAGAAGAGCGCGCUGCGUGGGCCAUUUGUGGCAAUCGAAGGGGACGACCCAGAGGCUGUGGAAGAGCUGGCUGGCUGGCUGAGCAAGACGCUGCGCAAAGGCGAGGACCUGGACGUAAAGUUGCUUGACGGUCCCACGCUGACAGCAGAAGGCGACAAAGAAAUGCUCAUGGCGCAGUAUCAUCGUCUCGCAGCGGAGUGGCUUGACAAGAGCCGCGAAAUCAGAGAGUCGCUGGCUAUCAAGGCCUCGUCGCCGACGGAUUCGGUCAUGGUGGACGCCGCGCCCAAGUCCAGCAGCCGCGAGAUGGACGAGGACUACGAUGAGAGCGAUGACGGCUCUUCGUCUCGUGCCAGAGACAGCAGCAAGGAGGCGGACGGCGAGAAGAUGGAGGUCGAUGCAGCGUCCAAAGGCUCGGGCUCGGGCUCGGGCUCGGGCUCGGGGUCUGCUGCGAAGCCGCUGCGCAUCAUCGCCAACUACUCGCUGCAUGCCAGCAACUACUUCGCGUGCCGCAUCCGCAUCGACGCGCACGAUCCGUACGCGCCGAGCGAUCAUUGGCAGUGGACGGCGACGCAGUGGCGCGGCAUCAUCAGCCCGGACCUGACCAUCUACCUGCGCGACGCCGUGGCCAGCGACACGGGCAAGCAGAGCGUCGACAUCCUCAAGGAAGAAAACCUGAUCGUGGCGAAGCGGACCAAGGUGGAGGGUCGAGAGGCGCAGGAGGUCGACACCUCGACGCGACGCCGCAUCGGAUUCGAGGUCAGCGAGUGGGUGUGGGAGUUUGGGCCCAAGGCGGAUUGA